GCUUGAAAUUUCCACUUGCCUGCUCACCAAUGGUGAGUGAAAAUUAUGGUGGGGGCGAGUGUGCCCCCAGGGCCGUCUUGCUGAGCAGGCUUGGAGCUCAGGCCGGAUCUGUCAUUGGCACUGGGAGCCCUCAGACCGCUCAAUAGCUGAGCGCAGUGAAAGCAAAUCAAGGAGUGUGUGCUGUGCUAUCUGCCUCCCCCCUAGAGUGCAGUACCUGGCUCUGUGAGUGAACAAUGAAGUACUGCAACUUUUUAUGGGGGGGGGGGGGGUCUGUGUGUAUACACGUACAUGUGUGUGUGUAUGCAUGUACAAUUGUACGUGUCUGUGUACAUGUACAUGUGUGUGCGUGUCAGGGAUCCCGGUCUUCGCCGUGUGCGUGUAUGUACAUGUAUGUGUGUGCACAUGUACAUGUGUCUUUUGUAUGUACAUGUGUCUGUGUAUGUAUGUACAUGUGUUUGUGCGUGUUUUUUUCUGUGUAUGUACAUGUAUCUGUGUCUGUACGUGCCUGUGUGUGUAUACGUGUGUGUGUGUACAUGUCUUUGUGCGUGUGUGUACAUGUUUCUGUGUGUGUAUGUGUGUAUGUAAAGGUGUCUGUUUGUGUGUGUUUGUUGGUG